AUGAGUAAAAUUCCAUAUGCUUCUGCUAUUGGAUCUAUCAUAAAUGCCAUGUUAUGUACCUGUCCAGAUGUCUCAUAUACCUUAAGUAUGACGAGCAGGUACCAAGUAGAUCCCGAUGAAGGUCACUGGACCACAGUCAAGAAUAUCCUUAAGUACUUGAGAAGAACUAAGGAUACGUUCCUAAUAUAUGGAGGUGAGGAAGAGUUAAGUGUAAAAGGUUACACUGAUGCCAGCUUCCAAACCGACAAGGAUGAUUCUCGAUCGCAAUCAGGUUUUGUGUUUUGCUUUAAUGGUGGUGCUGUGAGUUGGAAGAGUUCAAAGCAAAGUACAGUAGCCAAUUUUACAACAGAGGCCGAGUAUAUUGCAGCCAGUGAGGCAGCAAAAGAAGCGGUUUGGAUCAAGAAUUUCAUCACUGGACUAGGGGUUGUUCUUAGCAUAUCAGAUGCUAUUGAACUCCAAUGUGAUAACAAUGGAGCCAUUGCACAAGGUAAAGAACCCAGAUAUCACCAGCGAUCCAAACAUAUACUUAGGCGCUACCAUCUUAUUCGAGAGAUUAUCGAUCGAUGGGAUGUAGAGAUAUGCAGAGUACCUACAGAUGAUAACAUUGCUGAUCCCCUGACCAAGUCUCUGACACAGCAGAAGCAUGAUUGUCACACUAAGUCACUUGGUAUUAGAUAUAUGAAUGAUUGGCCUUAG